UGUAAAUUUGUUAUAAAUUGAGGUGAUUCAUUAUAAAUGUUUUUAGAUCUAAUGAAUACAUGGCUUUGUAAGGUAGCUCUCUAAAAGAUUAUGUCUUUGAUUAGGAGGCCAUACUUUGGAAUUAACUUGCUUGAAUCGCAUUAGGUAAUUUGAAAAAAAAUUAAUUAGUUUGAAAGGCUCUUUUGCUCAUGCAUGCCUUCAAAAAUGUAAAAUGAUAAAAUUAACACAAUUUGGGAUAAUUUUUUUGAGGAUGACAUUGAUAAUCAAAUUGCUCCCCUUAAAAAACAAAAUGUUCUUUUUUAUUUCUAUUGGGAUGGACUUUCAUUUGUGAAUAACAAAUCAACAAUUUAUAGUUGUUAUGCGAAUUGCGAAUUGUGUAAAAAUGAAGAUUAUUUAAAAUGA